UGCCCGAUCGAGAUUCUGUUUUGCAUGGCCAUUGCAACCAUUUGUCAUUUCGUUUCUGCCAUUGCUGAGGCUCCACCAGUUAUAUUGUAUCUGCGUUCCAGCCGCAUAAAUGGAUCGGCAAAUUCCAGCCUGGAUUUGCCAACAGGGUGGGCAGCAGGAUGGCACGGAAAACAACAGGUGCAGGACGCGUGUGAAAAUGGCGUUCAAUCUCCACAAAGCAAUGGUCGCGACGACGUUGCAACCAUGUUGUCCCGCGUGGGGAGCCCAGCGAUGGCGACAUUUCUCCACUCGAAAAGCCCUCCUCCCAGAGAGCACAACGGAUCAUAUCAAUACUAUAAGGUAACUUAAAAGAGU